CAAAGUUUAACCCCUUUUUGUAGCCAGCGGCUUGACUGCCUAAUUAUUACUUAAUUACACAUACAAUAUACUUAGUUGCAUUUUUAACCUACUCCUUUACCACAAUGCGAUGAUUGAAUGAAACGACAAGAAAGUCUGCUGCUGAAGUUGAUAUCCACAGUGAACGCAGUCACAGUCAUUCAGGCGGGCAGCUUAAUCUUGAUGGGUUCGAUGGAAUAACCAGUGUAUUUUUUCCCACCUUUUCGAUUGUCCUGCUAGUGCGAGAAGAAAGCGUGAUGAUGCUAGAAUCGGAAAUUACGCUGACCAACGAUGGUGCCUGAAUCACCCGUUUUGAAAGCCCGCCGAGAGACUUCUCCAGACAAUUUUUCGCACAAAGAAGACUUUCCCACUUCUUCGACAUUCACCAUGGCAACUGCAUUAGGCGAUGUCUUCAAAUAUGAACCACACAUAGUACGCGAAAAGAUGGCAAAGUUCUGGAACAAAGUCAAAGGUGCUAUUCCCAUGACUGAAGUAGGCAGUGUCACCGAGACUUCCUUCCAAAGUAUCGACAAGAACGAUGUCACCCUACGAGUCUAUACCCCGGAGGGAGCCGGCCCUUUCCCCGCUGUAGUGUUCUAUCAUGGAGGCGGAUUUGUUCUUUGCAGUUUGGAUACGCAUGAUUUCUUGUGCAGAGCUAUCUGCAAGAAAGUACAAGCCGUUGUCAUCUCGGUCGACUACCGCCUAGCCCCAGAGGCCAAAUACCCUAAAGGAGUGGAAGAUGCUUAUGCGGCAUUGUGCCAUGUUUAUGAAAAUGCCACCAAAUUUAACAUCGACAACAAGCGAAUCGCAGUUGCAGGAGACAGUGCUGGAGGGAACCUGUCAACUGUCACCAGCAUCCUUUCCAAAGAGCGAAAUGGACCACCUAUUAUUUAUCAAUGUCUGAUCUACCCUACGACCGACUUUGCCUUCCACGGCAAAAGAGAAAAGCAGGGACAGGCAGUCAACAAAAGCCAGACGCUAAGCAACGAGAGCAUGAACUAUUUUGGCAGACAUUACUUGAACAAGCCCUCCGAAGCUCGCGAACCAUAUGCCUCGCCAUUGAGAGCUAAAGAUCUCUCCAAUUUGCCACCGGCCAUGAUCAUCACCGCUGAACACGAUGUCCUCAAAGCAGAGGGUCAGGCCUACGGAGAAAGAUUGAAGGAAGCAGGCGUUGACUGUCAAAUGGUGUUUGCCGCAGACCAAGACCACGGAUUCCUCACCGUAUACCCGCCAGUUGAUGACCGAGUCAACGAAACAUUCGAUGCGAUGUUCAAAGCUUUGAACGAUGCGUUGCAUGCUUCUCCCAAGGCUAAACUUUGAUGGUCAUUUGUAUUUGCUAUGUAAUCGCAUGGAAUGUAAUGGAACAAAAACAGCAAGCUGGUUUGCCACUGUAUCUAAAUAUACUGUUUAUAAACUAUGACAAUUUUCAAUCAUAAAAGUUAGCGCUUAUUCAUUUAUAUGAGAUUCAAAA